CAUGGUGACACCCUCGUGCCAACAGACUACGAGCAACGCAUCAACGAGGCCGUCUUCCCAGGUCUUCAGGGUGGUCCACACAACAACAACAUCGCCGCCAUCGCCGUGGGUCUGCAUGAGGCCGCCCAGCCCGCCUUCACCGACUACCAGAGACAGG